GUGUGACCUCUACUGCAGUUGAAAAUACUUGAGAGCGGAGGUUGAAUGCAUUGAUUUUUCUGACAAUGUAGGCAAUUUCUGUGGAGAUAUAGUGACUAAUUGUCUUUUGGCAGGAGCCCCUUCAUUUCUGUGCACAGCUAUCGCAAGAAGGGCUUAUGUGCUCCUUGCUGCUUGAUUUCGGAGCAGGUGGGGCUGUGUGUUGCUGGGGUAGAGUCCGUUUUAGCAGCACUGCAUCAACAUGGCUUUGUUUGGUGUGCAGCUGGUGAUCACCAUGGUUAUGGCCAGUGUAAUUCAGAAAAUUUUACCUCAUUAUUCCUUCGCAAGAUGGCUAUUGUGCAGUGGCAGUCUGCGGUGGUAUCAGCACCCCACGGAAGAUGAGUUGAGGAACUUGGCUGGGAAACAAAAAGGACAGAAAAAGAAAGACAGGAAGUACAAUGGUCACAUAGACAAUAAACCGCUAACGGUUCCAAAAGACAUAGACCUGCAGCUGGAGACAAAAUGCAUCACAGAAGUCGACACAUUAGCAUUGUACUACUUCCCUGAGUUCCAGUGGUUGGUGGAUUUCACAGUAGCAGCUACUGCAGUUUAUCUGAUCACAGAGCUUUACUACAGCGUGGCUCAGCCCUCAGGAGAGAUGAACAUCAGUGUGGUCUGGUGCCUACUUGUACUCGCCUUUGUCAUUAAAAUCCUUUCUUCCCUUACGGCCCACUACUUCAAGCUGGAGGAAGGAGGCGAACGCUCCCUCUGCAUUACAUUUGCUUUCUUUUUUUUUGUUAAAGCUAUGGUCAUUCUCAUUGUCACUGAAAACUACCUGGAGUUUGGUCUGGAAACAGGUUUUGCAAACUUUUCUGAUAGUGCUCAACAGUUUCUGGAGCACCAGGGCUUAGAGUCACAGGGCCCCAUAUCUAAACUCACCUUCAAGCUGAUCCUGGCCCUACUCUGCUCUCUGAUUGGAGCAUUUCUAACGUUUCCUGGACUGCGAUUAGCCCAGAUGCACCUAGAUGCACUCAAUCUCACCACAGCAAAAUUUACACAAACUCUGCUUUAUAUCAACUUCCUUUCCCCUCUCAUCAUGGUCCUGCUGUGGGUGAAGCCUAUUACCAAGGACUACAUAUUGAAUCCCACUCUUGGAAAAGAGAGCGUGCCUUUGAUGAGUGAGCAGACGUAUGAUACGAUGCGGUUAUGGGUUAUUAUACUGAUGUGUGUGCUCCGGCUCGCCAUGAUGAGACAUUACCUGCAGGCCUACCUCAACCUGGCACAGAAGGGCGUGGACCAGAUGAAGAAGGAAGCAGGACGGAUAAGUACAGUUGACCUGCAGAAGAUGAUUGCACGUGUUUUUUACUACUUGUGUGUAAUCGCACUACAGUAUGUGGCACCCCUGGUGAUGCUGCUACAUACAACUUUGCUGCUAAAAACUUUAGGUGGUCACUCCUGGUGGGUCUAUCCAGAAGAAGACCUGCCUUGCCUCCAUGAGAUGAACUCUGAUUCUGUUGUCAGAGCAGAACGAAUAGCACCUCUAAAACCAGAUACAGUGGUGGAAACGCAAGCCCAGGCAUCUGUGGCCCAACUUUCAAUGGCUCUGGGGGGCUUAAGGACUGUUUUUAGCCCUUUACUUUUCAGAGGCCUCUUCUCCUUCUUCAGCUGGUGGAUUGCUGCCUGUCUGUUCUCCACCUCUCUUUUUGGGCUAUUCUACCAUCAGUAUCUCAUGGCAGCAUAGCAGCAGCAAUCAAAAAGUGUGGCAUUUCAAUCCCUACUUUGUUACUGUAUGUUAGGGAUGGCCAGAAGAGGACUUAAGGGGGGGGGGGGCUACAGAACCCCACUUAUGACUCUGCUCCACAACUCUUUCUCCUCCUCCUCGUCCAUGUCUCUGACCGCCUCAGAACAACUGAUCAUAUCAUCAGAGCUCUUGGUUUUACUCCCAGUGCUUCCUCCACAAAUGACUGUGAACUUCUAUUUGAUUUUACUUCCAUAAAAGUGAUGUUUUUAUUCAUUUGAGCAGCAAAAAGCUGUAAGUCUUUAAGGCUCAUGAUUAAACGAUGAGAAGUAAAUAAAUCAGUGUCAUCGCUAAAGUGACACUGAGAUAAAAAAAAAAAAAAAAAUGCUACAGACCUCUAAGAAUUUUAAAUGAUAAAACAAUCAGAAAUUGUUUUAUACAAACUGGUGACUAAUGCAGUUUAUUGACAUCAGGCUAUAGGCUUAAACAUUCUUAGAUUCGUGAUAUCUCAAAAAUAUAAAAAGCAUAAAUGCAGCUUCUUUACUGCUUUCUACAGGUCAGUUUAAGUAUAACUUUAAAAUGUUAUUUUCUUUAAAUGACCUCUGAUUUUAUUGAUUGCCAGGUCAUUCAUUUUUAAUAGUAAAUUAGUCUUGGCCUGGGAUAAAAAUAAAAACACCAUAGUUUCAUUGACUAAACAUGAAAAUUUCAAACAAAAAAUUAUAAUAUAAUUUCUGAUUUAAAUUCUCAAAACAGGUGUUCCUACUGCUGUAAAGAUAUUGGAACAUAUUGAUUAUAAUGAUUAUAAAAAUGUUUUCUAUCAUUUUUUUGAUUUUAUUUUGAUUUUAAUGCCUAUAUUAAUGUAAAAAUAUAACAAACACGCACUAAAUUUAGCAGUCUUCAGGUGCUUACUGUGGAGAAUAUUAUUCCUUUUGACACUUCUCUCUUCAAGAAUAACAACGGAGGUCUAACAAAACAUUAGCUGAUUAUUUUGGGGCUAUUUGUUCAGGUAUCAGCUGGCUGCCCAACAAAACUGUCACUUGUAAAGAAUCCACCAUAAUUUCAAAACUGUGUUAUCUUAAAAAGAGUUAUGGGUGGUAUGCUUUAAGUUUCCACAAUAUGAGUGAAAUUUUUCCAAAUAGUUAAAUUUGGAAAUAUUCUUAUCGAACAAAAAGUGAUACACAGCAGUUUUGGUUUUUAUCUAUUUGUUGGGAAACUGAGUCAUUUCUCCCCUUCACCGGGUCAUAUUUUUGUACAUUGUUUUUUUUUUUCUGGAUGUUAAAAGAGCGCAACGUUUUGUACCCACCAUUCGUCAAAUUGUGUCCAUCUUGGGGAUAUUUUGUAUCUGCUUUGACAACCAGUGAUUUAAAUAAAUAUUCUGUAAUCUACUCAUAUCUACUAUGAAGAAAUGUGUUGUGACUCCAACGACUGUUAGUUCCCAACAAGAGGUUGGUAGUUGUUUUAGUUUAAUCAGGGGUCACAAUGUUUCAUAUUUCAUAAGAGCGGACUGGCCCAAACAGGGAUCUGAACCUUAACCUGGGGAAAUGAGGUGCUAUUCAAGUAUGUAUUUGUUUAGCAUUUCAUUUGUCUUUAUAAUAAUUCAAAUUGUUGACUACUUAACUAUAGGGCAUCAGUUCAUUUUGUUAAGUACAUAAAGAACUGGAAGGCGGUUGGGACCAAAUGACAAAGCGUGGGUACGGAAUGGAGUUAUGAGUUAUUCUUCUCAGUCCUCUUAUUUAAGUCUUUAAAAGUUUUGUUUUAUUAACAUACUGACCUGUUUUUUUGUUUGUUUUUUUCUGGUACCUAAAAUGUCUUAAACUUUCAUUGAGGACCAGUGAGUCUCUGCUUGGAAGUGCUGUAGUCUGAGGUUUUUAGAGAGCAAAAGUUGUACUCGCAGAAGAGCAAGGUGAAAUCAUAUCUCCUUAGCUUGAAGCUGAUGUGUUUAAAGCUAUCUAACUGAGCUAGCCAUACAGGGCAAAGUUGAAUUUCAAAAAGGAUUUCUCAUGUGUUGUGUUUAGUUUCUUACCUUCGUGGUUUUACUUGAGUCAUUUUAGUUGGUGUGUGAGAAGACUAAUCUGUUUUAGGGGCGGUCAUCAUGGUUUGGGCUCAGUCAGGGUAAGAGCUCAUGUUCCUGUCCGUCUGCUGGUACAUGUUCUCUGCUGUACAUCAGCUGUAUACUUAUAGGGCAUUGUGAUGAAGAAACGACAGCUGCUGUACAAAUGGCACAGUUAUGUUUUUUUUAUUUUUAUCUAAACCAUCAAAUUGUGCAUUUGUAGCACUGGUUAUUUUAUAUAUACAUUUUAAAAUAGUGCCAAAUAAGGGUCCUUAUACCCAACAACCCUGUGUUGCUGUAGGUUUUAUUUCUGCUACUGUGUUAAACUCCACUGCAACUCUGCGGCCUUCUGUUUUUUGUAGAUCCAACUUGGUACGUUGGGAAUUACCAGUUGUUUCACACAAAGACUACAGGUGUUUAGUAAGUUUUUGUGGAUUGUUGUUCGUUGAUUGGAAAAUAUGCACACAAGUAGUCAUUGUGCCGUUGACUCACUGGCUAACAUGCUUGCCCAAUGUGUUUAAAAAUUAGGUUACAUAGUGUAAGGUUAAUUACAAAUUACAAUUUUCUUUGCUCCAACUGUUUAUCUUUGGGCUUAAUGUGUGAUCGAGCUGGAGUUUAUGAACUCCAGUUUUGUACACAGCGACAUAUUCCAGCGGCACCAUAUCAAUAUUUCUAAUCUACCGAUUAUCCGUCUUUGUUUUAGUUUGUAUCUGUUUGAAAUGAUGGGGAGUAUGCACAUAGUGAAUGUAUCAGGCCCGCCUAAUUUUUAGAUUGUGUUUAAUAAAUUGGUUUGAGUUGAUUUCACCCCCUUCUACACACAUCCCUGCAAUUCUCAAACUCAUUCCUUAUUUAAUGUGGUUAAUCGGAAUCGCAUCCUAAUCAUAUUUGUCCUAAUCAUUUAUUCUUAUUUUUUUGCAUUGAUUUAUCUUUGGGUUUUUUGUAUUUAUUUGCUGAGGCCUGUAAACAUUUCUAAUUUCAACUGUAAGCUGUUCAUUUUGUUGUUGAAGUGCACAAUGGAUCAAAUCAUUUUUUUUUAUGUGUUAGACAAAUCUGUGACAGAAUAACUUUAUUUAAUAACCUGGUCUGGGUGGUUGAAAAUUAUUUUGUGUAUUUUCAGAAUUCACUGUCCAGGCAAACAGAUCUUGAUAUUUUCUGGGGGUUUUUUCACUGAAAGUGUUUAUUACUCGUUUAUUGGUUUCACAAACUAAAAUUACACACAUUGUACUUUCAUGUAUUUAUUUUUGCGUUAGAUUUUGUCUUAAAUAAAUUAUGUUCUUUA